AUGGAGAGCAUUACUAUCGACUCGCCUCCGCCUGGUCCUAAAGGUAAGGAGAAGGCCACGAGCCACGACUCGCGUCCUGCGCCUACUCCGGGACCUUCGUCUGCGCGUCCGGCAUACCCGCCUUCAGUCGCUCUUAGUCCGGUCGCCUCGCUCCUGAAUUUUGGUCCAGAGGCCCUGGCCGUUCCCCUCUCCCGUACGCCGAGCUCCGACCUUUCCCUUGUCUCUCCAUUCCCUCGCAGCGAGAUAGCCCCGGACCAAUUCGGACACCUCUACCAGAUUAUCGCAGAGCUGCGGGAGCAGUCAAUUGUGGCUCGUGAAAAUGUGGUAAGCCUGCGGGAGGAAAAUACACGGUUCCGCCGCGAGUUGGAUGAGGCGCGGAGGGUCGAUGAUCAGGCACUGCAGGAAGUGCGGAAGGCCCUCGAGGAGUCACGCGCGGACCUGCGCAACCUGCAGGAGGAGCAUGGGAGGGUGUCAAUGGCAGUGAAUGACCUGCGGAUCGAGGUGAAUAAUUCAGUGCUCGCCCUGCGUAACCAGAUCUCGACUGCCCACACCCGUCUUGCGAGUAUCGAGGAACGGAUGGACCAGGAGUCUUCGGAGGGGUCACGUACGGAGGCAGAGGAUCUGGUCGGUGAGGGCGAGAUACAGGGUCGUGCUCCGAGCCCUUUCUCCUAA